AUGCCAACGUCCUCGAAGUCUCGCAUACGCACAAGCACUAAGACAUGUAGAAGACCAUCCUCGCCGAUCGAGUCAAACAGCAUCACUGACCCCAAGAACCAUCUGUUCCAAGCAGUACGGCUUUUUGUGAUGUAUUUCCGACUCAUUUCCAUCCUGGCCCUUGCCGCCCUCACAUCGGCACAAGCCCACGCCAGCCCCGGCAGCAUCCCCUACCUAUCGUUCACCUCCCCACCAGCAGCGAACUCUACUUCGGCCCUCGCACCUUCAGCUCCCCCAGCUUCUGCACCUCCAGCUCCUGCUCCACCAGCGUCCGCCCCAGCACCUGCACCCUCAGGCCAUCCUGCGCCAGCUCCUCCCGCUGCUGCCCCUCCAGGCUCCACGCCCCUUGCUCCCCCCGUAUCCAGCGUUAACCCUGUUCCAGCCAAAUGCAGCAUCAACCCCGCCAUCUCCAUGAUACAGUCCGGCAUCAAGAAUCCGGCGUUCAACACUGUGAGCACGCGCAUACCGAAGCCUGCACCCACUUAUGCCAAAGAGCCGAUUAGUUUUGCGCUGUCCAACAUCGAGUUUGGGACCACGCUGGUGCAGGCGCCGAAACCUACAAUCAAGCCUGUCGACCCCGACGCCACAUCCGGCGAAGUCCUGUUCUGCACGUCCACAGCGUACACCUCGUGGGCCGGCGACGAUCCAAACGGGUCCUGCGACGCUGUCCACAGUACAUGGAACGAGUGCCGCAGUCUCAGUGACGUGUUCAAAAGGAAGGUCAUGAGCGUGCGCCCGGACAAAGGGCAGCUUUGCUUGUUCUUUGCGGAUGAUGAUUGUUAUGGGGCGGCGGAGUGGAUCAAGUGGCCGGGGGUGCAGAACUUGAGGGGCAGGAUUGGGGAGGGCAAUGAUUGGAGUAAGAGGAUUGUGAGUUUCAGGUGUACGGCCGAGGACUGA